CCGGCAGUGGGACGCGCGAGGUCUAAGGGCAAGCGGGAAAUGGCGGGCGGGGACUGAGUGGGGCGUGCAGGUAAGCCAGCCUGCUGGGGGUCGCGGGCGUGGCCGAGGCCGGGAAGCGGCGGGAGCCGCUGAUCCACCAGCAUGUGCUGCGGGCGGGCUGUGUGCGCGCGGCGCGGGAAGUGAAGGGACAGAGCGUGCCGUGUGUGAGGGCCGCGUGCGAGAUCUGGAGAGAGACGGCCUGCGCCCCCUCCCCUGGCGGCCUGGCGGGCGCCCAGAGCCGGAUCCCGCGGUGCGCCGGGACGCGGCCAGGGGAGCCGAAGGAGCCUCAGCCUCUGCCCACAGGUCCUCUGAGCCUCGGUUUCCCCAGCUGUGCCGUGGGCGAGCCGGACGUGAGAUCCCAGGCGCAGGGCUUCGUCACUCCCGCGCCCCUACCUCCAUCCGCUUCCUGGGAGCGGCGGUUUAAAGUUUCGAAGUCUUGGGCCACGUGGCUCGGCGCGGCCCCCUAGGAAAAGUUUCAUGACUCAGCCUAUAACCCUUCUGGACACCUAUACACACUGGCAACAAACCUCGGAGAUUGGCCAGAAGUGGAAGGCGGAGGAAGAUGUAGCGCUGUAGGCCAAGAAGACCCGUGUGUCAGACCCCAUUAGCAGCUGGGAGAGCUCGGAAGAGGAGGUGGCGGCAGAAGCUGAAACCGCCAAAGCCAAUGUGCCUGAGGAAGGCUGACCUUUACCACCGGACAGUGUCGUCUCCUGUGACAUGUUUUCCAGUCAAACCGAAGUCCACCGCAGUUUGCAGCUACUUGGAGGUCUGGCUCCUGGUGUGGUUACAUUUAUACAGCUUCAUAAUUGAGUGAACAACAGUUGUGUGCUGGCCCCAGGAUACUAAUUAGACCUGCUGCCUGACUCUCAGAACAUAAGGCCCAACACCUCAGAAACCUGCCUGUGUCCUCUGGGCGUGGGGACAACAUGUCUUCACCCGAGGACGCCACAGCAGAGUCUGGAAAAGAUCAGAAGGGAGAGGACUCUGAUGUGAAAAAACUGGAUCCAUCUUUGCUUUCAUCAGAUCAGGAAGACUUGCCUUCAUCAAGUCAGGACAUGACACCUAGAUCAGUGAGCUCUGAGGUUUCGGAAAGUGAAGUUAACUCAGAGAAGGUAAAAGUCUUUCCUCAGGAGUUCCCAAAAAAUGAUGAUUUUGAGGAUCAUUUUAAAGAGGAUACAGAAAGUGACAGGGACCCCAGCUUGUGGACGACCAGCGGCUCCUUCCUAAAAGACAGGUCCAGCGGUGAGGAGGAGCUCGCAGGGCCUUCCCAGGCUGGCUCCCCUGCCCUCUCAUCAAGUAUGGAAAUUGUUUCCGAAAUGGAGCUAGCUCAGUUGGCUCUGGUUAGACCAUUAACAUUCAGUAGUCAUGAGAAUUCAACCAUGAAGUGUUAUUUUGAAAUGCUUGAGAGAAAAGUAUCAGAAUUUGAAAUCAUCGAGGAAUUUACGGCUUUGAGAUCUAAGAAUCUGCCUGCUGUGUUCAGCUCUGGGAAUGAACUACACAACAGACACAAAAACAGAUAUCAAGAUAUUCUUCCAUAUGAUUCAACACGUGUUCUCCUUGGGGAAGACAAGGACUACAUCAAUGCCAGUUACGUUAAAAUCGUCAACGCUGGAGAAGAGUAUUACUAUAUCGCCACCCAGGGGCCACUGCCAGGCACCACAGACGACUUCUGGCAGAUGGUUGUGGAAAACAACUCCAAUGUUAUUGCCAUGAUAACCAGAGAGGUAGAAGAUGGAGUUAUCAAAUGCCACCGUUACUGGCCCAUUACGAUGAAGAAGUCUUUGGACUUGAAAAGCUGUCAUGUCUUCCUGGAGAGCUACCAGAUACUUCAGAGUUUCGUUGUUCGAAUAUUUCAAGUUGUCAGGAAGUCCACAGGAACUAGUCACUUCGUAAAACACUUGCAGUUCACCAGUUGGCCAGACCAUGGCAUUCCUGCCUCCGCAGAAGGUUUCAUAAAGUAUGUUCGUUAUGUGAGGAAGAGCCACCUUACAGGACCCGUCCUUGUUCACUGCAGUGCUGGCGUGGGCCGCACAGGGGUGUUCCUCUGUAUGGAUGUCGUGUUCCAUGCCAUUGAAAGGAACUUCCCAUUCAACAUCAUGAAUAUAGUGGGCCAAAUGAGGGAACAACGCUGUGGAAUGAUCCAAACAAAGGAGCAGUAUAUCUUUUGUUAUAAAAUUGUGCAUGAAGUUCUCCAUAAGCUUCUGACUUUAAAGUAAGAGAGACUUCUGUUGCCUCACACUUGAAAUUAGCAAGUGGCUUGGAGCCUCCUCACAGAGAACAUGUUCAAGCUGUGCUGAAGGGCUUGCUCCUGCAAAUGUGCUUUCCUGGUGUAUCGUUUGACUUUCUUCUUGGCAACUCCCUGAAGGCAGCAUCACUGGAUUUGAUGUGUUUACCCACUGACCUUCCUUAAUAUCAGGUAAUAUCAGGUACCCGCCCACAUGUUCCAAUGAAAUGAAAGUUACAUGAAACAACUGCAGCCUAUUUGGCUGAAGGGGUUACAGAGCUCAGUAGAGGACUUAAACUGUGUUACUGAAGAUUUUAUUUGGAAAGACGGCUAACGGGAGCUGAAGAUUUUCAGGAUCACAAGAUCACAGGAUCACAUCGUGACCUCUUAACAGGCAUUUUCAAGAUAGACACUUAUCCAUUAUCCGUGGUUUUUAGCUAGAGGCUGUACUUUUAGGUGGCAUUUGAUUAACUUAGGUUACUGAAGAGUCCAAAUAGGAUGGGUUAGCUUUCUACACAAAGUGGACUCCAUUUUCCUGCACUACACACUCCUGUGGAGCCCCAGGAACCUCAGAGGACGAGCUGCCUUUCUCGAGCAGCUGGGCAGAGACCUGUUGGUCUGGGAAGUAACUUCAUGGGUGGGCAGAGCUCCUCCUCUCCAUCACAUGAGCACACUGGUGAAGGGUCCAGAACUGAAAUGGAUGUUGACAUAGAAAGUCCAAGAGGAAAUUUCUGCCCGUCUUGAGUUCUUUCCUAGUCCACCCUAACACUUAACAUAUUACCCAGUCUGCUUUGUUAAAAGCAAAUACUACCUUUUACUUACCUCUUACUCUCUGCCCUUUAGCUAACCAGUCAACUCUGAUACCAGCAUCAUUACAUACUUCUGAGUAUCUCUAAUGCCAGAUACAUUUUCCAAACUAAAAACUAUGAUCAUUAUUUUUUUCAUCAGAGUCCAUUAAAUCAUUUCUUUCCAUUACUGCCCCGCCUCCGCUGCUGUAACAUUUAGAAAUUGGUUUUGGGAACCAGAUUUUGGAAAACCAAAUUCAUAGUUGUGAAAAUGAAAACUUCCAUAUUCUGUUUUUGAAAAGAUGUGGCCAUUAUUACAUUCAUCUUAUCAUAGGACAUUGCCUCAUCCAAUUAUAGUGAUAUUUUGGUCAAGGAAUUUUAGUGACCAGUUAUGCUUGAUUAUAAACUAUAAAGCAAGUGAUACAUGUGGUCUUUGUAUGAUGUAAUUCAGUGGAGAUCAGAAUAGUCCAACAUAUUGAAAACAUUUCUAACAUUAAUUUGUAAAUCUUGAAUUUUUAAGAGGCUUAUUUUGUUCUCUUGGCUGAAUGAAUACUUAAAUUGGUUGAAUUGAAAUUGAUAAUUCUCAUUUAAAAAUAAUUAUAUUCCAGAAAUAUACUUUAUAUUAAAUGGAAUUGAUGAUUUUUACUUAUUUACAUUGUUUAUAUAAAUAAAUGUUAAUUUAAUUCUGAUGA